AUGCCUGUUUCUGGCCCAGUUCGACUGAAGAUGCAUCAUUUUUCGCUCACCCACCUCCCUGGUUGGGUUCAGAUUAUCACUCUGGCUAUCUGGCCCCACCGGAUCUGCAGUGGUUUAACGUGGACCCGGCUGGUCCGAGACAACAACGGUGUCAGACAUCAAGAACCAUCGACCUGGUCAAUCACGCAAAAAGACGACCAAACAGUUGCCAUGAUGGCCGGAGAAUUAACACAACAGAUAAAUGUCGCAGGCGAUCCAUGUCCGGAACUGACCUGCCCUGCCAACCCUGGCGGCUCGGCCCCGGUUUCACAGCAAUCAUACAUCUCAGGCUGCUGCCGAAGUCGGCGAAUCGCCGGCUCGAGUGGUGAUGAUUCUCAUCUAGAAUUACCAGAUAUGGCAACUAACUCAUUGGCAUCACAAUUUCCAGCGGCUGGGCCAGAGAUCGUCGGCAUAGCGUCAUGA